CAAUAAGAAGAAGAAGAGACCCGGAGCAGGAAGUGUAUAUUCCUCGGCCCCAUGUGUUGCUGUUCACUUGUUCAUUCAUUCUUGAAACGGCAACUUUAGCAACAUCACCCAUUGUUGUGUUUUUACGCAACAUAGACACCAUCGUGUUUUUAGGAUACGAUAAACUGCAAAUAAACUAGACCAAAAAAAACUGUGGUGUCAUUAACGCUAGCUAGCUAAGGCUAAGAUAGCGCGAAAGUUGUUUGGAAAAGCAUAUCUGUCUCGAGUGAAGAUUGCAAGUGCGUUGUCUGGAUGAAAAGUGCUGUGGAUACUAGCAUGAUCAAGGAAAACCGCUGGAACAUACCCCCCAAUGCUCCGGCAUGCAUGGAGAAGCAUCUGUGCUCGGCGCAAUACAGAGCAGAUGGCACCCUGCUGCUUGGUGCCUCCAGCCUCACUGGCAGGAGCUGGCAGGGCUCUGUGUGGAUCUACAGUGACCCUGAACAGGCCCCCAAUGAGGGAUUCUGCAAAGCCGGUGUGCAGACUGAGGCUGGUGUCAUAGAUGUCAAAUGGGUGUCAGAAAAGGGUGUCGUUGUUGCAUCAGACUCUGGUGCCUUGGAGCUGUGGGAACUGGCAGAGGAUGAGCGCCUGCUGGUGAAUCGCUUCACCAAACAGGAGCAUGACCAUAUUGUUACCACAGUGAGCCCCGUUACUGGAGCAAGCAGUGCUGUGACUGGCAGCAUGGACUGCAGAAUUAAAGUCUGGGAUCUCAGUCAGGAGAUGGUUGUCACUACAUACAGUGCACACACACAGCCAAUCAGUUGUGUUGCCUGCAGCCCUGCAGACGAUUCUCUCUUCAUCUCCUGCGGUCAAGACGGCCGUGUGUUGAUGUGGGACAGAAGGAAGCCAAAUAAACCAGCCUCAAGAAUAGAUUUAGAGGCUCCCAGCUGUUCGCCUACAACUGUAGCUUGGCACCCCCACCACAGAAGCACCAUUGCUUUUGGUGAUGAGAUGGGCAGAGUGACAGUGAAGGAUUUCCUGGGAACAGAGCCGGCUCGAGUGGAAAAUGUCCACAGCCGCAGAGUUAACGGGCUAGCCUUCUCUACACAUAGUGCCUCCUUGCUAGCCUCCAUUAGCGAUGACUGCUCCCUCACUGUUAUGAACUCUGAACUCCGAGAAAUAUUUAGAGAUCGGCGACACCAGGACUUUGUCAAAGGUGUGUGCUGGCUCCAUGGCAGCUCCAACACCCUCACGACUGUAGGCUGGGAUCACCUUGUGCUUCACCACACAGUGGAUCCAGCUGCUGAAGCUCCCAACUCCUCCUCUUAGAUCCAACAGAUGAUCACACACCUUGGAAGAGCGACAUUUAAAUCACUUAACCUCCUCUCUAUUUUUGAGGGGUGUAUCUAAAAAAUUAAAUCUAACAUGUCAGUCAGGAGAUAUGGAUUAAAGUCGCUCGUUGUCAUUCAGUCCCCCAAAAUAUAUGCACAAUACUUUGGCUUUUGCUCUUCCAAUCCUUGCCUUCAUGCAUUAAAACUCUACUGUACAAUACAGUCUCUCUUCACGUCUUUCAUACUGUAUAGCAUUUCCAUCCAGCUGUAAUGACAUAUGAAGCCACCCAUUUGUAUUCAAAGUUUUACAUUAAAGGUAACUUAAUGUUGUAAUAGCAAUA